UCCAUCCAUCUAAGCAAUAAAUAAAAAAAAAGAAAACCCACCAUCAGGGAUAAGGUCGUAUUAUUCACAAUAUUGUGUAAAGGCUUUCCAUCCUUCAAUCCGAAAUUUAUGACUAUUUUGCGUGCAGGUUUAGAACAUCAACCAAUGAUCACAUCAUUAGUAAUAAUCUAUUGUAUUAAUUAUUCUUUACCAGGGAGAAAUGGUCCGAUGUAGACAAAAUCAAAAUGCGUUGAAGACUAAGAGUAUUCUGGUUCACGCAGGGGCUGGUGCCCUCGGCCAGGCCUUGAUAUCGAUUGGAUUAGCUUUGGAUUAUGAAGUAUUCACAACUGUGAGUGACUCUACAAAGAAACGAUUCCUCAAGAAAUUGUUUCCUAAUCUAAAAGAACAAAAUAUUGGGAGUUCCAGAGAUACUACUUUUGCUGACAUGGUAUUGUGUGCGACUAAUCAUAGAGGUUGCAACAUUGUGAUUAAUUGUCUCAGAGGAGAGCUAAGAAACGCCUCAUUGAGGUGUUCGGCAGGGUGGACACUGGACAUAUCCGAAUAUGAUUCCCAAGAGAGUAGUAGCUUUGGAAUGGGCCAUUUGACUGCAGACAGAUCGUACGUGACUGUUAACGUAUCGCACUUGUUGAUGACCCAAAACUCAAAUAAACUUAAGAUGUUACACUCAUCGUUAAGUGAAGGAAUAUCCCGUGGUUACGUUCGUCCUUUGUCACGAGUGAAAUAUGGUCCUUCUGAAGUUUCCCGCGCCUUUCGGUUGCUGGCGACCAGACAGCACCGUGGACGGAUCCUCUUGAAGCUCGAUGAAUUUCCACCCUCGAACAAACUCAGGGUUCAGUGCAAGCCGGACGCUUGUUAUGUGUUGUUUUGUGGACAAGAUAUUUUUGGAGUGCAACUUGCGAGUAGACUGAUCGACCGUGGAGCAAGAAAUUUGUAUUUACAUUAUAACACUCCACCUGGGUACCUUUCUUAUAAAAUGCAAGAAUGGAAAAAAUUGGGCGUCAAAGUGCAAAUGUCAUCUGAGAAGAUCAAUAGUCAGGCUAAAGUUCAUAAACUGAUAAAUGACGCCGCAUGUUUGGGCUGCGUCGACGGUAUCAUCGUUGACGCGACGAAUGCAUGUGGAAGUGAAACUGAAGAAAUUCGAUCUACUAUUCAUAACUUGGAUAUUGUAUCAAGAAAAUUAUUCCAAUCUCUCAGAUAUUUUACUUUAGUCACUGAUGACAAUUCGUUAGGAUUAGGAAUAUGUUUAACGCGACAAAAUGAUGGAUACCCAGUAACAGUGGUUAAUAUCGGCCAUUUGAAAGAGGACCUCGACACACAUAAUUUUCCAAGCAGCCGUCUGUAUGUAGAAGCGACGGAGGCUGCGCUUUGUUCCGGAGAUAAUUCGGUGGUUGCGUUCCCUAGUUCUUCUCAACAGUCGCUGCUGCAACAAUUAUGUGCUAUAACUGAUGUUGACGUAACUCGAAUCUCUGAUGAGAAUACUACGCUCGGUGAAUUGGGUGUGGUGAAUGAGAAAACAUCGUUUGUUUCAAACUAUCUGCGAGUUCAUUAUGGCAUCACACUAAAUGAAGAAGACGUUCUUUCACUAACGUUCCAAAGAAUUAAGGAAAUGGAGGACGCUAUUGUUGCGCCUGGUUAUAGUACAAAGAAAGGGUUGGAAGCGUUCUAUUCGUAUGUAGAUCCAGACGAACUGCUAGCCACAAGUGAAAUGGUGCUCAUGCCGACACUCACUAGUAGUGCAACUGCGCGCGAUGAUGAGUUCGACGUGACUGUGACAUCGCUGUGUAUCGUCCCGGGUUUGGAGGGACACCAUGGGCGGUUUCGAGCUUUGUGCGAGCGACUCAAGCUGCCCGCGCUCGUGCUGCAACCCGGGCUGGACAAGCUGGACGAGACCAUACAGCAGACAGCACAACGAUAUGCUAGUUCUCUGCUAAGAAAAUCAGCGAUAAAAAAUAAUUUCUACAUUUUGGGAUAUGAAACUGGUAUAUUUGUUGCGUUAGAACUCACGGCUAUUCUGGAAGAACACGAUAUGACGGGUACGUUGUUUUUGUUGGGAGGAUCACCAAAUGAUGUGUCGAAUGAAAUAGAAUAUCAACUGCAAGGAUUCAAAACAGAUCAGCUCCAGGAGGCUGUGGCAAGGCACAUGUUUAAAAUUAUGGCCCGUGAACACUUUAAGGAAGUAGAGAACGCAUUUUCGAAACGUACUCUGUGGAAUGACCGAGUGGAUGCGGGAGUGCGAACCCUGUUGGGUCACGUGUCCCACUCGGCGCAGUACGCGCGCGCACAGAUCGAGGCGGCGUGCGCGCGGCUCGUCUACGCGCGGCGCUACGGCGGCCCGGCGGCGCCCCUACGCUCCCGGCUCGUGCUGCUGCGCUCUCCGCUCACCGCGCGCUCCGCUCCGCCAGAAUGGCAGCGGCUGUCGCGGGGAGGGGUCACCGAACACAACUUGCUGGCGCCGUUACCGCAUGCCGCCAUGGACAUGCGUUGCGCUACCAUCAUCAACAAAUAUCUGGACGAUGAAAUUUUAGACCAAUUCAAUAAGAAGAAUUUGUGUGAAACGUAUUUACUUAGUGCGGAUACGUACAUGUCUUUUGUCACUGAUUUGAAUUAGACAGUGAAAAAAAGUAAUGGAAAAGGGAGAA